AACUCUAUUAGGCAUAACCUGUCCCUGCACAGCAAGUUCAUUAAAGUCCAUAAUGAAGCCACAGGGAAGAGUUCUUGGUGGAUGCUCAAUCCUGAGGGUGGUAAAAGUGGAAAAGCACCAAGAAGAAGAGCUGCCUCCAUGGACAACAGCAGCAAACUUGCAAAAGUCAGAGGUAAAGCAUCCAAAAAGAAGCCUCCUCUGCAGUCUGCUCCAGAAUCCACUGCUGACAGUCCUGGCUCCCAAUUCCCAAAGUGGCCUGGGAGCCCAUCCUCAAGAAGCAAUGAGGACUCUGACGUAUGGAACACCUUCCGGCCUCGAACCAGUUCGAAUGCAAGCACCAUUAGUGCCAGGCUUUCUCCAAUCCUGACGGAGCAGGAUGAUCUCCAUGACGAAGAGCUACUUCCUUCUCUAGUGUACUCCAGUGCAUCCAGCAAUGUUCCACCAACAGUGACUGAGGAGCUUGAGCUCAUCGAUGGGUUAAAUUUGAUGUCUCCCAGCUCAUCUGUGUUAUCUACCCAGCAAUCUGCCUUGAGUGGUCAUAUACAGAGAGAUUCCAGCUUUUCCUUGCGGAGCCCAAAUGCAGCUGGUCAGACCACUACUUUUGGCAAUUCCCUGUUUAAUCCUGUUGAUAUCUCACUGCAAAGUUCUGUCAGCCAUUUUUCUGCCCCUCAGACCUUGGAAGCUCUUCUGACACCCAGCUCUCCACCUCCAAGGGAUGUUAUGAUGACUCAGGUGGAUCCAGUUCUGCCGCAAACUGGUAGCAGGAUGAGCAGCCGAACUCUUCUGCUUCUAGGUGGACAGGCUGCCCAGAGUAAGAUGAGCUCAGGCAAUCCACGAGGAAAGCCUACAGAGCAGCAGGCAGAACCAGCUGGUGCCAGUGUUUUGCCAUCAACACUUCCCAUAGUAACAUCUCCUCAAAACACUGCCAGCAUCUCCAGUUUGAAAGCUCCAGUUCCUGCAACAACUGCCCAGCCGGUCCAGCUGGGUAGUUCACUGCUGCUUUCUUCUGCUAGCCCUCCUCCCUUGGGACUGAACCAGGACAGGCUGCCCAUUGACCUGGACAUUGACAUGUACAUGGAGAACCUUGAAUGUGAUAUGGAUUACAUAAUCAACAGUGAACUCAUGGAUGGAGAAGGACUAGACUUUAAUUUUGAACCUGUUCUGUCUACUCCCAGCUAUCCCAGCACCUCGCAGGCCUCCAACCAUACCUGGGUACCAAGUUAA